AUGCCUCUCCCAGACUACGGUGCCGCUCCUCUGGCGAAAACCUUCCUCCUGGUCCGCGGCCUCUCCCUCAUCGCCAUGAUCGCCAUAGUCGGCGUAACAGCCAACUUCGUCUCCCAAAUCGUCUCCUCCAACAUCGAGCCACCCAAAGAAAUCGUCGGCACACUGGUCAUCACCUGCCUAGCAACCCUCUACACCCUCCUCACAAUACCCUUCUUCUACGCCAACGCCCGCCUCUCCCUCCUCCUCAUGACUGCAACCGACACCCUCCUCCUCCUCGCCUUCCUCACCCUCUCCAUCAUCCUCGGCCGCCCCCUCUCCUACCUCAACUGCCCCGCCAUCGCCUCCCAAACCGCCGCCUCCAACGCCCACUCCGCCGCGGCCUUCACGCAGAGUCUCGCGCAGAACUUGAACGAGAGCGGCGCGAGACUCGGGUUGGGCCGCUGGGCGGGGAGUACGCGCACGAAUUGUUAUGAGAGUAAGGCGGUGUGGGGACUGGGGAUUGCGUUGGCGGUGUUGUAUUUUUGUUCGGUGGUGGUUUUGCCGACGCUUUGGGUUAAGGCUAGGAGGGUUGGUGGUGGCAGUGGCGGGGGUAAGAGUGCUUUUUGA